CAGUUUCCACAUGCACCCAUUCACAAAUCGUUGAUCAGCAGCAGCAGCAGCAGGAAAAGUCGGAUUUGGAGACUCACCACCACCACCACCACCAGCGGCAACACCACGCGUCGGAUUGAUCAGCUCGUCUGUCAGUUUUUGAGCAACUUGUUGCGCAGCUGUUAUUCCCAGCCUCCUCUGUGGUCCAUUUUACUGCAGCGAGGCGGCUCUUGUUCAGCAGCCGACAGCCGCUCUCAUGCGCUUCCAUCGGCUCCUGGUGUUUUUCUGUGAGAUGGAUGAAGCGGUGACUUUCUCACAGUUUCGGUGCGUUUAGGCCUAUAAGAGAGAUGAAGCUCCAUGCCGCGGCCUCGCAGGAUCAUUUCACCUUCUUGUGUGUUUUUUUUUUUCAUGAAGUCCUACAGUGAAUUUCUCGAGUCUCUUUAAUAUGAUCAAAAGAACAGGGGAUGCGAGUCAUGAGCUGGACGCGUCCUUGCCACGGACUGGACUGGAGCCACAGCCUCAUCUGUCUGACUUUACUCCUGUGGACCAGACGCAUGAAUGGACUGGCUGACUUCUCAAACUACCUGUCCAGGAUCAUCACCAGCCACUCUGCUCACGCCUGUGACGGACAGCCUCUGCGACUCCACUGUCCACGUCACUCCACCAUCUCCGUCCAGUCGGCCUUCUACGGGAGCGGCGAGGUGCGGCUGUGCAGAGCAGACCCAGACCUUCCACUCAGAGGCCACAACCACAGCUGUUCAGCUUUUACUGCUCUACAGAAACUGUUGUCGGAGUGUCAGAGCCAUAGAGAUUGCCAGCUGCCUGUCAAUCACCUGCUGUUUGGGAAGGACCCUUGCCCCGGCACAGCCAAAUACCUCCAUGUGCACUACAAGUGUAAACCCACUGAACACAAAAGACAUGUGGUAUGUGAAGGAGAGACCAUGGUCCUGCGCUGUAAGCCCCCCAGGGUGCUGAACAUCUACGCAGCUGUCUACGGGCGAAGUCUGGGUCAGACGGACACCUGCCCUUCACACCUGACAAGACCACCCCCAUUUGAGUGUCUGAACCACGAGGCUGUACACUUGGUGUCCAAGUCCUGCUACAACAAACAGAAGUGCGCCGUUGCCGUGAGCAACCAGACCUUUAGAGACCCCUGCUUUCCAGGAACCAGGAAGUACCUCAGUGUGAUCUAUUCUUGUGUACCACAGACUUUACUGAGGGAAGCAGACCCGAACAUAUUCAGCUCCACCUCAUCUCCCACCGUGGAUACAGAGAAAGCCUCUACUGCACAUCCGGAGGAGCCUUUUUCCACAAGUCAGCCCGACAGCUCAGGAGCUAUGAUGAGCAACUCUCUCCUGACUUAUGCCUACAUCAAAGAGCACCCAGAAAUGGCAGCGCUACUGUUUACCUCCAGCGUGUGCGUUGGUCUUCUCAUCACGCUGCUGGCCGUGUCUGUCCGAGUGACCUGCAGAGGGCGGCAGCUCAGAGAUCAAAGACUCGCACCCAAGUCUGCUAGCCAGGAGGAGGAUGACGAUGAGGACGAUGAUGAAGAUGAUGAUGAUGAUGACGGCGAGGGAACAGAAAACUCUUUAAUCUCAGCUGUUGACAGGAAGGCGCUGCACGGCUGGGAGGAGGUGACUUAUGUGAGCGAGGCGGCCGAACGGGCCGAGAGGAUUGAGCGGAGAGAGAUGAUCAUGCAGGAGAUCUGGAUGAACUCUUAUCUGAACGGCAGCUCAUGUUAAAUCCAUCAUGGACCAAUGGAUGCUAUUCUGCAUCUUCAGGACUUUUUUUUUUUUCAUGAUGCAGGUCUUUGCGAUGGAUUAUUGAUGCCCCGAGAAACGUUUUGUUGUGUUUUGCAAUUUCAUGCUGCAAAGAGGGUGGGCAUUGGGCAUUAACGUGGUGCAUUUAUUCAUCAUUAAAUGAAGCUCAGAUUUUAGGCUAAAAUGUUGUUUACUACAAAAAGAGCAAAAUCACCGGUGAGUGGCCAUGAAGCUCUCACGUCAUUAAAGAACAUUACUGAUUCAUUGUCAAGCAGCUUCAGAGCAGCUGUACUGGUGAUAUAAACCAAAGAACAUAUCAGGGACCAUGAAAACAGCGUCAGCUCUAAUCCAAAACCGCCUUUCAAAAUCAGGAUUAAAUCAGAGAAGAUGUUUUUUAAACACAUUUUAAAUAAAUGUUUUUUUUUUAUAUAUUUGUGGUAAACAAUUUUUAAUGCUCAUUUUAAAAAAAAAUGGCAAAAGUCAUUUUGAUUUGUUUUGACAGACAAAAAUAGGCAAUUACAAUGUUUUUAGUCCCUGUAGUAUAACUACAUUAGUGGUAGUUAAACUUGGCAGCUAUUUACAAAAGAGACUAUCUAGUUCCACCUGCCAUAACUGUCUCUUUAAAGAGGCGUCAGAUUUGAAUAUACAGCAGUGAGAGUUAUCCUCGCAUUACAUGUUGAAGGUUUUUUAUGCAGUAUUCCUUGAAACUGGCCACACCUCUUUGAAUCACGGCACCAGCGCCACCCACAGUUUCCAGUGUGUGAAACAGUCUGACCUCUACAGCUUGCUCGUCCCUGCUGGGGUGACCAUCUACUGCUACGUAGCACCUUCCUGCCUCAGAGCAGCACCGACUUUCAGAGAUGCGUGUGCCACUAAUAAGAGACAAAGAGAGGAAAGGUGUUGCAUCCUUGUCCCUGCACUCCAAGGGAAGUCAUGGGACCUUUAUACAUAAUUAUUACAAAAUGUAACAACACUGUGUAUAGAUUACACUGGAAAAUGUCAAGUUUUAUUUUUCUUUUUACACGCAGAAAAAAAUUACAGAUUAUACUUUUUUCUAACUUUUGUUUGCACAGCUUCAAUAAAAAUGUGUAAAACAGUAAAGCAAUUCGAGGAUCAAAAUUUUUUUCUAAUAAAUUGGGUUUUUUAUGACAUCAA